AUGCCAGAGGUGUCUCCAUUUCUUGAGCCAGGCCCGCUCACCAAAGUGAAUUCUCUCGCCAUCCUGCAGCUGUCCCGCGAUAACCUCCAGCCUGUGUACCUGAAGUCGCCCGACGAUGAGCACGACGGCUACGCCGAGGGCGCCGUCGUCAACACGCGCUAUGGCUCUUUCCCUCACUCCACCAUGAUCGGCGUCCCCUGGGGCUCGCAGAUCCGGGCCUCCAAAGUCGACACGGGUUCUCGAGGUCGUAAGAGGAAGCGGCAGCUGGAUGAAGACGCAGGUCGGGAUGUGGCGAGCCCCAACGAAAACGAGAACGACAAUGACAAUGGCCACGAGGUCGAGGCGCGCGACGCGCAUGGCCCCGCCGUCUCCAAUGCCAUUAAGAAAGCCGUGGCCGACACGAGCGGUUUCAUCCACAUCCUGCCCCCGAUCCCCGAGAUAUGGACCAUGAGCCUGCCCCACCGCACCCAGGUCGUCUACACCCCCGACUACAGCUACAUCUUGCACCGGCUACGCGCGAGGCCGGGCGCCGUCAUAAUUGAGGCCGGCGCCGGGAGCGGCAGCUUUACCCAUGCGGCCGCCCGUGCCGUCUACAAUGGAUACUCCACAGCGACAUCCCCGCGAAAGGGCAAGGUCAUCAGCUUCGAGUACCACGAGCAGCGUUAUCACAAGAUGAGCGUAGAGCUUUCCGAGCACGGCCUGGAGGAGAUUGUGCAUCUGACGCACCGGGACGUAUACAAGGAUGGCUUCCUGCUCGACGGCAAGAGCCCCGAGGCCGACGCCAUAUUCCUCGACCUCCCCGCGCCGUGGGACGCGCUGCACCACCUGUCACGGCGGAGGCCAGCCCAUGGCGGCGACGAAGCCCCGUGGGUAUCUGUGCUGAACCCAAAGCGGAGCGCCUACGUAUGCACAUUCUCGCCCUGCAUUGAGCAAGUCACCAAGACGGUCUCGGCCAUGCGGCGGCUGGGCUGGGUCGACAUCGAGAUGGUCGAGAUCGCCCACCGGAAGUUGCAUACGGCGCGCGACCGCGUCGGCCUGAACCUUGCCAUCGACAGGGGCGUCAACAACUCGGCGCGAGACGUAGACGAGGCCAUAGCGCGGCUGGCCGAGAUUGAGGACCGGUUUCGAGAGCAUUCGCGGCCAAAGGGCGGUGCUGGCGGCUCGGCUGCUGCUGGUGGGGAUGUGGACGAUAUGGACGAGGAUGAGGACGAUAAAGCCGCCGUCGCGGCCGCAGAAGCACCGACGAAUGGCGACGCAUCGUCACCCGCUUCCUCCUCGAUACCUUCGUGGAUGGACGGCCGUCUCGUGGCGCGCGGCGAGGCCGAGAUCAAAACGCACACGUCGUACCUCGUCUUUGCCGUGCUCCCGCGUGAGUGGACCGCCGAGGACGAGGCAGCCGCGGCAGAGAAAUACCCCUGCAGCGCCGCCGAGAAGAAGAUCAUCGGCAGCAUGGACAAGGCCGCCCGGAAGAAGGAGAGGCGCGAGCUGCUGGCGGCGCAGCAGGGCAAUAGGAAAGCGAGGAGGAAAGCAAGGGACGAGAAGAUGGGUGAGGGGGCACUUUGA